AUGCUUAUCAUAUCAUUUUAUUUAUUAUUUUGUUACAUUUAUUUGAUCAAUUCGAGAACAAUCACAAUUAGAAUUCCUGAAAGUGCUAAUCCGGAUUUUCCGUAUGAAACAGCUGUGGAACAAUUUAAGCGAUCAGAUCAAAAUGGUGACAAUAAAUUAUCAUUUGAAGAAUAUCUUCAUCUGGAUUUGCUAUAUGAGAAGAUGAAAAAGUUUGAAUUUGAACAAACUGACAAGAAUCACGAUGGAUUUGUUUCACGUAGUGAAUAUGAUGCUGACGAGAAUGUGAAACAACAAGAAGUUGAUAAGCGACAAGCGCAAUAUUUUAGCCAAAUUUAUGAAAUAUUCGAUGAAAACUUAGACUCAAAAUUGGACAUCAAAGAGGUGGAAAAAAUCUUGGCUGAACGAUAUGGCCUGAAACCUCGUUUCAAUUUCCAUUCUAUAUUUUACUCAUUUGAUACAAAUAAUGAUGGUGGCCUGGAUUUGUCCGAAUAUGUGAAAUUUGAUAAUAAUGUACCAUUCGAGGAGAUGGAUCCACUAGAUGACACUCCAUUGUCAUCAGGAAUGCGAUGA